AUGGCGCUGGCUGCCUGCAUACCGUGCUCCCCAGAGCCCUCUGUCACAGGCGUGGCGGCUUCCAUAAACCAGAGCCGGCUCAGGGCCAAGGGCCUGGGAGAGCACCACAACGCCUGCAGCUUUGGGGGCCAGAGCUUCGAGGGGCUGCGGGAGGCCUGCCUGAGGGCAGGGGAGCUGUUUGAAGAUCCCCUGUUCCCCGCGGAGCCUCGCUCUCUAGGCUUUAAGGAUCUCGGCCCCAACUCCAAAUACGCGCAGGAAAUCUGCUGGCUACGGCCCAAGGAGAUCACACAAAACCCCCAGUUCAUCGUGGAUGGGCUCUGCCCCACGGACAUCCGCCAGGGGGGCGUGGGGGACUGCUGGCUGCUGGCUGCCAUCGCCUCCCUGACCACAUGCCCCAGGCUGCUGUCCCGUGUGGUGCCCAAAGGCCAGAGCUUUGAGAAGAGUUAUGCUGGUAUCUUCCAUUUCCAGAUCUGGCAGUUCGGGCGGUGGCUAGAUGUGGUGGUGGAUGACCGCCUGCCCACCAGGGCCAACCGGCUGCUGUUCGUGCACUCGGAGCAGCGCCAGGAGUUCUGGAGCGCCCUGCUGGAGAAGGCCUAUGCCAAGCUGAGCGGGUCCUACGAGGCACUGACAGGGGGCAGCACCAUGGAGGGCCUCGAGGACUUCACGGGCGGUGUGGCGCUGAGCUUCCAGCUCCACAGCCCCCCAGCCAACCUGCUGAGGCAGCUGCGCCGGGCCUUGCAGCACUGCUCGCUCAUGGGCUGCUCCAUCGAGGUCACUAGUGACAGUGAGCCGGAGUCGGUGACACCUAGCUUGCUGGUGAGGGGCCAUGCUUACUCUGUGACUGGCCUGGUGGAUGUCCCUUACAGGGGUAGGACGGAGACACUACUGCGGCUGCUCAAUCCCUGGGGACGGAUUGAAUGGAACGGAGCCUGGAGUGACAACUCUGCGGAGUGGGCCGAGGUGGACAACAAGGUCCAGAGGCAGCUGCUUCGCAAGAAGGAGGACGGCGAGUUCUGGAUGUCCUACCAAGACUUCCUGGGCCACUUCUCGCUCCUGGAGGUCUGCAAUCUCACGCCUGAUGCUCUGGCCGGGGACCCCACCAGGCGCUGGCAUGUCACCUUCUACGAGGGCAGCUGGCGGAGGGGCAGCACAGCGGGGGGCUGCAGGAACAACCCUGACACAUUCUGGACCAACCCCCAGUUCAGGGUCUCACUCUUGGUGGGGGAUGACCCCGAGGAUGACCCAGAGGAUGACACGGUCGUCUGCACCUGCCUGGUGGCUCUGAUGCAGAAGAACUGGAGGCUCGGCCAGCCACAGGGGGCCACGCUGCUGACCAUUGGCUUCGUCAUCUUCCCGGUCCCCAAGGAGUUUCAGAGUCUUCAGAAAGGCCACCUGAGGAAAGACUUCUUUGCGCGAUAUCCGGACCUGGGCUUUUCCGAGAUCUUUACCAAUGCAAGGGAGGUGCACAGCCAGCUGCGGCUGUCACCUGGAGAGUACAUCAUCAUCCCCUCCACCUUUGAGCCACACCAGGACGCCGACUUCCUGCUGCGGGUCUUCACCGAGAAACACAGCGAGUCCUGGGAACUGGAUGAAGUCAUCUAUGCUGAGCAUCUCCAGGAGGAAACCUUCUCCGAGAAGGAUCUGGACCAGAACAUCCUCAGUCUAUUCACUGUGGUGGCCGGUGAGGACAAGGAAAUAAAUGUGCACAGGCUCCAAACACUACUCAGCAGAUUGGCCUUAAGAUUGAGUAAUUUCAAGACCAAGGGCUUUGGCCUGAACGCCUGUCGCCGUAUGAUCAAUCUCAUGGAUAAAGAUGGCUCAGGCAAGCUGGGGCUUCAGGAGUUCCAGAUCCUGUGGAAAAAGAUCAAGAAAUGGGUGGACAUCUUCCGAGAGUGCGACCAGGACCACUCAGGCACCCUGAACUCCUAUGAGAUGCGCCUGGCCGUGGAGAAAGCAGGCAUUAAGUUGAACAACAAGGUGGCAGAGGUACUGGUGGCUCGGUACGCAGAUGACAACCUGACCCUGGACUUCGACAGCUUCCUCUGCUGUUUCCUGAGACUGAAGGCCAUGUUCACGUUCUUUCUAACCAUGGACCCCAAAAACACCGGCUAUAUUCGCUUGAACCUGGAGCAGUGGCUGCAGAUGACCAUGUGAGGGCAGCUGGCUCCCCUGGCCCACAAGGUCCUGGAUCAGCAGGGCAGGUGCUCUGUGCCAACCCAGCACCCUGUCCCUGCAAAUGGCACUG